GCUGACAGUCGUGCAGCCAGCUGAAAACUAGUCGUCUCGACCUCCACGUCAAAUAGUCGCGACUCCAUUUUUUCUCUUUAUUGUUCUUCCCACUCAAUUGUAUUCAAUUCUCUGCAGACGGAAAUGCUCCUCCACUCAUCACGAACCGCCUUCCUAAAAAAAGACACCGAACCAUGCACUACUACAAGCACAACCCCAUGUCCCAUCUGUCACGAAACAAUCACCUGCACCACCUCAACGCGCAGCCUGCGCAUUUGCAUACGAAACACCAAGACGGCAGCUAGAAUGCUGAUUUUGACCUGCCGCCGCACCUACUAUACCAGCCGCAACACGGGCAGUAGCAGCAGCAACAUACUACUUAGGCCCCGCACCAAGUCCUCUCGCAGCAACUCGAUGAUGCGAAUCAAGCGGUGUGGCCACACCUUCUGCUACGACUGCCUCGAGACGUGGGUGCAGAAACAAAACACUUGUCCCAUGUGCCGGGACCGGUUGUUUAGUGGUUCACGGCGUGAAAAGUACAGGAGCGAGAGCGAUCAAGGGGAUAGGGUGUUAUUGCUGGCGUUGAGGGGAUAUCUUGAUAUGCGUGAGGCGAGGGAGGUGAGUGAUCCGGCUGUGCGGAGUGCGAUGGGUGACGGACAUGAUUAUGGAGGAGACGAGUGGGCGGAUGUGGACGUGUAUGGGGAUAUGAUGGUGCGGGGAGGCGAGAUGAUAUGACGGAAGAGAUGGUGGAGGGCGGCAGAAGUAAACAUGGAAAACAAGAAAUGAUAGGCAGGUGGUGAUGUCUAUGGCGCACUUUGGAGUGUG